UUUGGACCAACUUGAGUGGGAGUAAAUGAUGACAGAAUUUUCAUUUUUGGGUGAACUAUCACUUUAAAUCUAUUAAUGCGUGCAAAUGUAAAUUCUCAAAUCUCUAUAAUUUAAAUUAACUGGAAGAUUUCUCAUAGAAAUAAAUUGGCCGAAAUGUUUGGAAACCCUCUAUAUCACUUUUAAUUUUUAUGUUUAAAAUCAGGAUUUGAAAUCAGUGCGUUGUUUAGAUAGCGUAUCAUUUCUGACUCAACACAGCAGGAAGAGCUCACUGUUUAAAACAAACUGCAAUACAGAAACACCAAUAUGUUAUUUACAACAUAUUUUCUACUGAAAUUUCUUUUCCUCAGUCUAUUAUUUGACAAAUAACAUGUUGAAUUAUGAUCCUCUCAGUAGUUUUUCAAGCACACGGUACAUUUUGCUCUCUGCAUGAGAACACAUUAGUCACUCAGUGAGCGCAUAACACUGACAUUCUUUAAUUAGGCUAUUUUUCACACCACAUUAAUUAGCUGCUAGAUUUAUCCAAACGCCAGGCUGACUGCUGAUAAUCUGGUGUCCGUAUGUGUCUGUGUAUCUGUGUAUUUAUGACUUGUUUGUUCUCAUAGGUUAAGCUUUAUGUGCACUGCUAAUUCUAACUAAGCUGGCAUAAUUUUCACCAGGAAGAAAAUAUCUUGAAACAAAAAGCCUUUUGCAGUUCAACAAGUGUGAGCUUAGAGGUUUGCAAAGGGGUGUAAAAGGCACCAUGGUGAUGACACGUUUAAAAACAUGAAGAGCCUCAUUAGGGACUUUUCUCAUCGUUAACUGAAAUAAAGCCUAUUGCCAUGACUAAAAUGUCUGAUAAGAUACAAAUUCCAACCACAUUUAGUCAUUCUUGUUUAUAAAAAGCAGCAUUUUACUCUACCUUUUAUUCACAAAAUCCUUUCGAAAUUCAUUUUAAUUCCCACUUCCAGCCCACACUGGCAUAAAGGAGUCAUCUGUGCAGAGCAGUUAAAACAGACUCAAGGGAGUUGAUGGGCGUCUGUGGAGAGGGGAAAGGAGCAGGGUUUGCUUCCAACAGUGUACUUGGAGCUCAAAGAGUAACCUGUUCAGUUCACAAUGGCUUGGUAUGGUUUUUAAAAACGAGAAGCAAGUAUAUUCAAAAUGCAUUGGGUUGUUGGUACCUGGUUAAUCACAUCUCUCCUUGGCCUUGGAAUGGGGCAUAACACUUUAUUUGAAGGAUAUGACCGGACUCUGUCAGGUUAUCAUCUGUGUAACGAGACUGAGCUUGUUUCGGUGACCAAUGUGAUCUCCUAUCCAACCUCGUAUACCCAGAGGAGACCGUGUGGUGGGUGGCUGCCAUGGACAAUGUGUGAUGUCACGGUUUAUAAGACAGAAUACCAAACACAGGUGUAUAACAUGUCCAAACAGGUUACGAAAUGUUGCCACGGCUACGAACAAGUUGGGAGUUACUGUGCCUUGUCCUUGAACAGAAGUGCAGAAUUCACAUCUAAGCCAGGACUGUGUUCCUCAGCAAGUAGGUCUCUGAGGAAUAAUUCAAACUCUUCUCACUCCAUGUGCAAGUGGGACAUAGAUUGUCCUCAUUGGCAAAAAUGCUGUCAGACCGAAAACAUCUCCAACAUCUAUCAGUGCUCAGACCCAGUACCACCAGCCAACAGAACCUGCUUCAAUGCGACAAUAACAGUUAAGACAAACUUUGAGCUACUAACUAUGGACAAAGGACUCUUCAACCACACCAGACUACUGCACUCUGUGGUAACUGGCGCUCUGGGAACUGCUGAAAUUUCUGUGCAUCAUGUCUGGUCAUGGUCAGCAGGGCCCUUCACAACCUCUUCAUCACUGCUGGUUUGUUCUUCUAAAGACUUCUUUCUAGAAGACAUCAUCUCUACAAGACUGUAUCGGUUGGAAAAAAUUGAGGAGGUGACUGAUGUUGUGGUGCAAGAUGUGGAUGAAUGUGCAGUUCCGGAAUUGAACAGUUGUUCUCCACAUGCACACUGCAUGAAUACACUAGGAUCUUAUUCAUGUGCCUGUCAUCAUGGGUAUCAUGACCUCAAUUCUUCACAGCCAGGAACAGUUUGUAUGGCCCCCAGUGUCACUACGCAGCCUUUCAUGAACAACACUGUGCCUGUCCCGCCAGAUAACAGAACAUACACUGAUGGAAAACAUAUGAGUAUCACCCCGUCUGGACCAUUCUGGACAUCCACUGUUGAUCUCUCUUCACAUUCAAAUAAUCCUUCCAUCAGCCUACCACCUUCUACAUGCGACUACAUACCUGAGAUCACCAGUCUGUUCUCUUAUGACAUCAAUGCAUCAACCUUUCAUGUGGCAUGGACCACCAACAACCAAACCGGGGUCACUUUCAACCUAGUUCUGCUACAUGGGACCACUGAGCUGGAAAACGUGUGGCAUGUGAGGAACUUUAACUGGACGUUCACAAACCUGGAUCCUGCAGUUCUUUAUAUUGUACGUGUUACUCCAUUUGCCUGUGGUAUCCGGGGAAACUCCACAGAGAUCAAAGUGAGAACAGAUGGACAGUUGCUUCUAGCUGCAGUCCGCUUGACAAACGUGGAGUAUACAGAGGCCUUGAGUGACCCAAACAGUGCUGCAUAUAAGGAGUUCUGUAGAAAUGUCACAAAUGAGAUUCUUUUGUCUCUAGAGAUCCGUGCACUAGUCGACUCUGGACAGGUCAUCGUCCGGAUAACAUCCCUCUCAGCUGGCAGCGUAAUCGUGAACUUUUCCAUCAUAUUUCAACCCAACAGCAACCUGAACAUGACUAGCGUGUCCAGAAAUCUUAUUGUGUCUCUACAGGACAGCUCCAUAUACGUAAUAGACAGUAGCAGUAUAUACAUAGGAGAUUUAAAUGAGUGUUUGGCGCAUGAGGCGGACUGCUCUCCAUGGGCUUCUUGUGAAAACACUGUUGGCUCAUACAUCUGUGCCUGUUGGUCUGGAUACGACGAUCAGAACCCCAGUAGACCAGGACGCAGCUGUUCAGCUUCAUCUAAUGCCACAACAUCGACUGUUAAUCCCACGACAAACUAUCCUGGAGUAUCUUCAAAUUCCACUGCCACGAGCACUACAACAUCUUCUAUUACAAUAACUAUGAUUGGAAACCCAUCUAUGAGCAGUACAGUGAGCACAGCUCAUGUUCAGAGCAACACCAAAACAACAGAGUCUUCGACUUUGGCAAACAUUCCUACAACAAUACUCGCACCCAUAACACAGGACACUGUCAGAAUUACAACUUUCAGUCAACAAAUUAUUGGCCAUUUGACCUCAUAUGUAACUGUUGAGUGCAGCCUAGGGUAUAUAUCAGUCGUCAUAAGGCGAGUCAUCUUGCAGGUUAAUAACAUCAAUGAGAGUGCCCUGUUCCUCGGUAAACCAGAAUGUCGUCUCAGUGGAAUAAAUGCAUCCCAUGUGUGGCUCACUACAGCUUGGGAUAAGUGUGGUACUACACUAGAGCAUAACAGCACCCACAAUUCAUUUAAUGUUACUCUAUUCAACAAUGCGAGCAGUUCACUGAUGGGUUCUAUUGUGCAUUUGGAAGUUCCCAUCAUCUGCACUUACCCCAGUCGCAUCAUUGUCUCCACGGGAUACCCCCCCUCAGGGUAUUUUAAUAUGAUCAACGACCCAGUGGCAGGAUUGGGUAGCUUCCAGGUUACGGUGCGGCUGCUGAAUGGGACGUCUCCUUUACCUGAGGAUUACGCCUUCUCCCCUGAAGAGGAGGUCAUUGUGGAGGUUGGAGUCAACACUACCAUCUCCCAAAUCAAAGUGGUCAUCAGCAAGUGCUGGGCCACUUCAAGCAAUGACUCAUCAAAGUCACCCGUCUACUUGUUUCUGCAGGAUGGAUGUGCACUGCCAAACUCGUACACAACUGUUCUUCAGAAUGGAAACGACACUGUGUCUUUGCUGUCAGUGCGGAUCUUCUCAUUCGUGAAUCUGGACGUCAUCUACCUGCACUGCCAGGUCCAGAUCUGUGUCGAAAUUCAGGACAAGACCUGCAGACCUGACUGUAUGGUGAGGUCAUACAGGGCUUCCAACUUAAUUGGAGCGACAAAGGCUUCUGUUGGACCCUUAAACAGAUUACGUAAAGAAAUGCCCCAAAAUGAUACAUCAAAUACUCUGCAGACUGUUGGAUUUGUUCUACUUGGCGUUGGUGUGUUUCUGUUUUCCCUGGCUGCCAUCGCAGGAUUGGUGUACCACAAAAGGAAAAUCGGGAACUACAACUUUAAUUUAAAACCACAGCAGGAGAACUUCAACUAUCAUGUUUUUAGCACGUAACUGCAAUAGUUAACUGUAACCGUAAACUGGGGUAUAAUUUUAUUAUUGGAUAUUACUAAUAGGCCUAUUACUAAAUAUUACCCAUUACUAUUAAUAUUACUAAUAUUGGGUACUACUACUAAUUUUCCAUAGAACAUGACAAUUAAUGGUUUAAUUUAAUUAUAUUUUUGUACUAAAAACAUACAAACAAUCUGCUAUAAAAGUAAAUCUGUUUUGUUUUUAAUUUAUUUAUUUAUUAUUAUUUGUCAGCACUUUAACACUUAAAGGACUAGUUCACUUUAAAAUGAAAAUUAGCCCAAGGUUUACUCACCCUCAAGCCAUCCUAGGUGUAUAUGACUUUCUUCUUUCUGAUAAACACUCUCAGAGGUAUUUUAAUAAAUAUGAGCUAAAGAAAGUGCUUCCAUCCAUCAUAACCGUGCCAGACCACCUUCUGUAUUCAAGUUGCGAAGAAAGUGUAAACUGGCAUCACGUCAGUUACACUUUUUCCGUAAGUUGAAUAGGGAAGGCGUAGGACGUAGCGUAAGCUUUUUGAACUGCGAGAGUUUUACACUUUCUUCGUAAGUUGAAUACGGAAGGCGGUCUGGCGGAAGCUAGAUAUUUUACUUCAUAACUUUUUUUUUUUUUACACAAACGCAUCGCUUCGCUUCAGAAGCAGAAGGCCUUUAUUAACCUCCCGGAGCCGUGUGGAAUAUGUUUAUGAUGGAUGGAGCCGCUUCAGCUUGUUCUUCAGCUUCAUACUCAUUUGGUAACGCUUACUUCCAUUAUAAAGCUUCGAUGCGUCAGGAUAUUUAUUAAUAUUUCUCCUAAUGUGUUCAUCAGAAAGUCAUAUACACCUAGGAUGGCUUGAGGGAGAGUAAAGCUUGGGGUAAUUUUAAUUUGAAAGUGAACUAAUCCUUCAAAACUACCAAAAUACACAGCUUUGUCAGUGCUGGUACUCUCUUAAAUACGCCACUAGAGGACGCUGUUGUAUUAGCUGUACGUUUUGAUACCAGCUUUGGUCUGUUGUCUGUAUGUGCUGCACAUUUAGUGGCAGAUGAAAAUGUGACUUUUUUUUUUUAAUUAGACAUAUUUUAUUAAAUGUAUACUUUACCUGUCUAUUAAAUGGUCUAUUAAAUUAGUGUGGCAGACUGCUCAUUUCUUUAUUUAAAAAAAUGGUUUAUGGUGUGCAUGUAAUAUGAGUAGGCCAUACGAAAGCCUGUCAUCAGAAUGUGUUCCAAACGAUCAUUCUACAUUCAAUUUUUUUUUUUUUUUUUUAACUUAAUAACCCUAUCGUAUACACUCAGAACUGGAAUAUAUGACAUAUGGGACCAUUUUGU